GCUAGGUUCACACAAAAGUCAAAGCCAAUUUCCUCAUCUCCAACCUCACUCACCUUUCACCUCUGUUUGGACGCAGAAGAAACCUAGCCCUACCUUCCUUCGUCAAAUCCUCCGUCGCGAACAGACUAGUAUCUGUUCGCGCAAUUUCCAAUCUCUCUUUCUCUUAGGGUUUACGCAGUCCAUGAAACGAUCGCCAUGUCCAGAUCCGAUUCAUCUAACUGAAGGUGAUAUUUCUUGUGUUGCAUAAUCAGUAGUGGUUGUGGUGGUGGAGGAGAUAGAGAGAUGGCUAGGGAUAGGGAUUUGUCGAGGUCGCCGUUGUACCGGCGAAGGUAUUCGCCGUCGACGUCCCCUGUGGGGCACAGGUAUAGCCGGAGAAGCAGAAGAGAUAGAAGCCGAUCUCCACAUUCUUAUAGCAGACGAAGAAGUCAGUCAAUUUCCCCUAGACGCCACAAAAGUCGUUCUCCAACUCCAAGCCGGCGUAAAACUCGCUCUCCAACACCGAGGCGUUAUAAGAGACAAAGAAGUAUUAAUACCUCAUUGUCUCCUAUAAGUAAAUCUCGUAGUCCAAGUAGCGGGUCAAUAGGCACCAAAAGUGCCAGUGAAAAACUGAGAAAAGAAGAAGAGAAGAAAAGGCGUCAACAAGAGGCGGAAAUGAAACUGAUAGAAGAAGAAACUGCAAAAAGAGUGGAAGAAGCCAUACGGAAGAAAGUUGAAGUCAGCUUGAACUGUGAGGAGAUCAAGCUGGAAGUACAGAGGCGAUUGGAGGAAGGUCGGAAGAAACUUCUUGAUGAGGUUGCAGCUCAACUUGAGAAGGAGAAGGAAGCUGCUCUUAUUGAGGCAAGACGAAAAGAGGAACAAGCUCGAAAAGAGAAGGAAGAGCUGGAGAGGAUGAUUGAAGAGAACAGGAGGAAGGUGGAAGAAGCUCAGAGGAGGGAAGCUUUAGAGCAGCAGAGGAGGGAGGAGGAACGGUACAGAGAACUGGAGGAGCUGCAAAGACAAAAAGAAGAGGCCCUGCGAAGGAAGAAGCAACAAGAGGAGGAAGAACGUGCAAACCAGAUGAAAUUGUUGGGCAAGAACAAAUCCCGGCCAAAAUUGUCAUUUGCGCUUGGCUUGAAAUGAAAGAGGGAUUCAAUUUCUUGUUGUGUUGUUUUUUAAAUUUGCCAACGUUGCUUUUUCCAAUUUGAAGAAAGUUAUUGGUUGCAACAGUUUUUUGGGGUAUAGUGUUAUCCAUGCUCUGGGGUUCUUUGUCUUGCAUUCA